CACUCUAUCCUGUACGCUUCCAUUAGUAAGCUUCCUUAUCUUUACCCUUUCUUCCAGAUCAGAGACUCAGCUGUAAUGGAGAACCACUGAGUGCCUUUGUUCUGUGAACUUCAGCUGGGAGAGCCCAGGCAGGGUAACAAUGGUGAGGUCCUGGACCUUCCAUCUGCUUGACCUUUCUGUCUGCCUCACCUUGGUCCAGCUGCUCACCCCCUGCUCAGCUCAGUUUGAUGUGAUUGGACCCCCUGAGCCCAUCCUGGCCAUGGUGGGUGAAGACGCUGAGCUGCCCUGUCACUUGUCCCCGAAGAUGAGCGCUGAGAGCAUGGAGUUGAAGUGGGUGCGAUCCAGCCAAAGGCAGGUGGUGCACGCGUAUGCUCACGGGAAGGAACAAGAGAUGGCAGAGUAUCGCGGGAGAACUUCGAUUUUAAGACAGAACAUCACCGAGGGGAAGGCUGCUCUCCGGAUUCACAACGUCAGAGCCUCUGAUGGCGGACUGUACCUCUGUUAUUUCCAAGUCGGUGAUUUCUAUGAGAAAGCCCUGGUGGAGCUGAAGGUUGCAGCGCUGGGCUCUGAUCUUCACAUUGUUAUGAAGGACUACGGGGAUGGAGGGAUCCAUCUGGAGUGCACAUCUGCCGGCUGGCAUCCACAGCCCCAAGUGGAGUGGAGAGAUGCCAGGGGAGAGAGCUUGCCCACUGUGGCAGUGUCUGUGGAUGCAGAUGGCAGGGGCCUGUAUGCAGCCACAUCAUCUGUGAUCCUGAAACGGAGUUCUGGGAAGGGGGUCCUCUGUGCCAUCAGAAACCCCCUGCUCAGCCUGGAGAAGACAGCCGGGGUUUCCAUCGCAGGCCCCUUCUUCUCCAGCGCCCAGCCUUGGGUGACAGCUGUCUGGGUGACCCUGCCAGCUCUCCUGGGGCUCCUGGCGGUGGUUGGGUGCUUUCUGCUGCGACAGCAGAAAAAAAACAAGGCUCUGUGCAAGGAAAACGAAAGGCAGCGAGCGGAGAAAGAUGCUGCGAAGGUGGAGGAGCAGCGAGAGCGAAGCGCCAAAGAGAAGCUGCAGGACGAACUCAAGUGGAGGAAGGUCCAGUACCUGGCACUAGCAGGAAAUAAUGUGGAUGAGAUUGGUGGACUCCAGCACACAUACACGUACCCUUAUGCACACUGCGCCCAGGAUCAGGCAGGAGGGGGUACGUCUCAGGCCUAUGCUGAGUGGAAGUUGGCCCUCUUCCAACCUGCGGAUGUGACUCUGGACCCGGAAACUGCGAACCCCAUCCUCCAUGUUUCUGAGGACCAGAGGAGCGUGCAGCGGACUGACACACGGCAAAACCUUUUAGACAACCCUGAGAGAUUUGACUGGCAUUACUGUGUGCUGGGCUGUGAGAACUUCACGUCAGGGAGACAUUUCUGGGAGGUGGACGUGGGGGACAGGAAAGAGUGGCAUCUUGGGGUGUGUAGGGAGAAUGUGGAGAGAAAAUGUUGGGUUAAAAUGACACCUGAGAAUGGUUUCUGGACAAUGGGACUGUCAAAUGGGAAUGACUACCGGGCUCUAACAGAGCCCCGGACCAAACUGACAGUUGUCAACCCUCUUGUAAGAGUGGGUGUUUUUCUGGACUAUGAGACAGGGGAGGUCUCAUUCUACAAUGCCAUCGAUGGAUCACACAUCUACACCUUCCCACACACCUCCUUCUCUGGACCUCUGUGGCCUGUUUUUAGGAUUUUGACGUUGGAGCCCACUGCCUUGACCAUUCGCCCAGCACAAAAAGGAGUAAGGAGUUCCCCUGUGAAUGUCCCAGUGCCUGAACCUUCCCUGAAGACCCCAGUGGCCCCUGGUUCAGCUGAUGGAAAUGGGGACCCUCAGCCUGAAGUAAUGUCUUUGCUCCUCCCUGCCUGGCCUGCAACUGAGGGCCUUCUCUACAGCAAAACGUCACAGUAAUAAAAUAC